AUGGAUUGGUCUGCUGGCAAAGAAAUGAUUUUGAGUGACUACUUUAAAGAGUACAUUAAACAGUUGGAAGACAUUUCUCAGUUUUAUGCCAAUAUUGACUGGGAUCAAGUGAUGAGCAAAGUUGAAGUACAAGAUUUAGAGUUUUUGAAAUUGAAAGCUGAUGCAAUAUUUGAUACUCAUCUCUUGAUCAAUAACGGUAAUGCUAACAUUGGCACUUUGCUAGAGCCAUGGAAGAAUAAAACAAGGCAUAUUGAUAUGGAAGUUUCGUCUUUAAUCAAUGAAAUCGGGUUAGAGGCCUUUACAAAACAACAACAACAACAACAAGAAGAAGAAGAAAGCAAAGGUGUAAGUGUUGGUGCCAUUGAGACUCAACCCGUUAGACAACAUUACGACAUGCCAAAACUAACCAAAAGGCAAAAAAGGCUUUCAUUAGAAUUGAUACAACCCAAAGUGCUUGGGGGCAGUCUCGGCACUAAUGACAGUCAAUUGACAACAGCUGUAGCUGCUACUAGUACUACAACUGUUCACGUAACAGCCAAUUCGAAAAUCAGUUUUUCAAAUCGUAAGCAGAAAAACCCAAGACCAUCAAUUAAUCCAGGACGACCAGUGGGGAAACAAAGACGUACUUCUAUUGUUGGAGAGAAAUUACCGCCAUAUAUCAAGAAUCAGUUACUUGGUAGUCAGCAACCUCAAAAAGAGGUUGCUUCCAAACCAACAAUUCACAAAAUUUUCAAGAAUCUUCUGCCGUCUCAAUCCAGUUUGGUUGACUCUACGAGAAAACUGUCGUCAAGGAUACAAACUUUGCGUGCUACUAAAUCUCCAUCGUUGCAUGCGCAUUCCCAUGAUGAGGAAUCAAUCAAUGUAUCAGAUAUAGACCAAAGAUUACUACGAUAUGACGCAAAUGAUGACGAUAAGGAGUAUAUUCUGCCUGAGCUGUUAGCAAAACUAUACGGGUUGAUGUUUGAAGAAGGAGAGGAUGAACAAAUUGACGAUGACAAUAAUGAUUAUGUGAAUUUAAAGGAUAGUGCUGCUCUGGAGCAAAAUGAAGAAGAGGAAGAAGAGGAUUAUCUAUUUCAAAUAUGA